AGUCCUUCAUGGCUUUGUAUGUUUACAGUGAGAAUUGUAUGGCAGGAAUUUUCUAACAUCAAAUAUUUAAACAUAAUUUGCAUCGAUACAGAAGUCCCAAUGGAGACAGAGAUCCUGUGACACAGUUAUUUGGAUGGAGUCCUCGCGGAGCACAGGGGGUUACUCCCGCGAGUACAAAUUGGUGAUGUUAGGAGAGGGAGGUGUGGGCAAAAGUGCCAUCAUCAUGCAGUUUAUAAGUCACAGAUUUCCAGAGGAUCAUGACCCCACUAUCGAGGAUGCCUAUAAAACACAGAUCCGCAUAGACGAUGAGCCAGCAAACCUGGACAUCUUGGACACAGCAGGACAGGCGGAGUUCACAGCCAUGCGUGAUCAGUACAUGCGAGCGGGUGAAGGUUUCAUCAUCUCAUACUCCAUCACGGACCGCCGCAGUUUCCAGGAGGCUCGCCACUUCAAGCAGCUGAUCUACCGCGUGCGGCGCACCGUCGACACCCCCGUCGUGCUGGUGGGAAACAAGUCUGACCUGGCCCAUCUCAGACAGGUGUCUGUGGAGGAGGGCAAACAGCUGGCGGGGGAGUUCCAGUGCCCGUUUUUUGAGACCUCCGCGGCAUUCCGCUAUUACAUCGACGAGGUGUUUGCUGCAUUGGUGCGUCAGAUCCGCCAGCACGAGGCUGAGGUGGUGCGGGGCGGCGAGAGGAAAACCCGGCGCAGCCAUUCCUUCUGGAGCCGCCUUAAAGCCCCCUUCCAUAAGAAACAGCAGUCCGAGCACUGAGAGAGGCACACAGAGAGGAAGGGCAUGAUGGGAUCUCUCACCUGCAGCUGUAUUAGUCCCAUCUCCCUCACAUGGUUUGAGAACUGUAUUUAUAGUUUCUAUCUGAUUGUCUCCCAAUCAUUUCAGUUAGACUAAACCCUCACUGUGCAGGACACACUCACUGUCAUCAUUUGGGACGUGGGCUGAUUUACUGAUGUUAGAGAUUCAGAAAGAAAUGUUAAACUUGACAGUAGUUAUUAUUUUUGGACUGAAUUAGACUUUGUGAAGGUGAAUGUCCGGGGGAAAGUUGUACCUCAUAUUUUAACGGAUGGGAAUGCAGAAGGAUUUGCUAGUUGGAAUAAAAUGAAGGUCGAAUGAGUUCCAGAGAGCAUGUGGUGCAGAGGAGAAAGAAGGAAAAGAAAGCGAGGUGUUGCAGGAUGGGCAAAUAGGCAAGGGUUUAUGGUAAAAAUAUUAAUCUGCCGGUAUAAUGAGUACUGUGAACCAUUGUAGUUAAUUCAACAGCAACUCUGUUCUUUAGCUUCUUUUUAAAAACUGGGUGGAUAACAUGUCCGGGUCACAUUUCACCCCAAAAGUGUGUUAUUAUCAUUAUUAUUAUUAUUUAAAAUAAAUAAUAAGAUGGGAUGCACUGCAAAAUAUUUUCAUAACUGGAAGCACAUUUCCCCCCAAAUACUGGGAUGUUUUACUUUUGAGUUUGUAAUUCACAAUUAUGCACAAUUUUUGAUUAGACUCUCAUUACUGUAAUACAGUAGUAUUUUACAACUUAAUAUAUUUUUCAUUAUACAGUAAGGAGAAUUGUAACCGUCAUGCAAAGGUAACAGUGGGGUCGCUUUAUUGUCAUGGAAAUAAUGCAAAAAUGCUCCUAAAAAUGCACUCUUCUUACAUCAAAAUAUUAUAUACUAAAUAUCAUUUAUUAUAUUUUGACCUGAAAUAUGACCUGGACAUGUGAGAUUCAAUCAACUAGGAUGCGUUUGAUGGUAACUGAGCUGUAUGAACUAGUUGCAAAAUACACUGUAUGAAUGACUUUUUAUUACAUUUUGCUGAGCAAUAUUCAGGUCCACCUUUAAGCACAUUAACAGGCUGACCAACCUGAUUAUGAUUGAAAACAAAAUUGUUUGCUUUUCACACAGGGUCAGGAUUGUUUUUCUUGUGAUUAUUAGAUUUUAUUUUGAAGCAGAAUGGGCUUACUAUAUUUUCCUUUAUUUAUUGUUAUCAGAGAUUCUCAAAUAAAAUUCACUUUA